CCGGCGCCCGCGGCGCAGGUAGGGAAGAGGCGGCGCGCCGGCGUCCCGCCCCCAGCAGCCGCCGCCCGGCUGAGCUCGCGGCUCGGAGCGGCGUCCCGGGACGUGGGGCCGCCGGGAGCCCCUGCCCAGCAUGGCGUCGGCUGAUAAGAAUGGGGCAAGCCUCUCCUCCAUGUCCAGCAGCCGCCUGCAGAGCCGGAAGCCGCCCAACCUCUCCAUCACCAUCCCGCCGCCUGAUGCACAGCUGCCCGGCGAACAGGACAGCAUGCUCCCCGAGAGGCCCAAGAACCCAGCCUACCUGAAGAGUGUCAGCCUCCAGGAGCCGCGGGCACGAUGGCAGGAGAGCGUGGAGAAGCGACCCGGCUUCCGCCGCCAGGCCUCCCUGUCUCAGAGCAUCCGCAAGGGCACUGCCCAGUGGUUUGGGGUGAGCGGCGACUGGGAGGGCAAGCGGCAGCACUGGCAGCGCCGCAGCCUGCACCACUGCAGCGUGCGCUAUGGCCGCCUCAAGGCCUCGUGCCACAGGGACCUGGAGCUGCCCAGCCAGGAGGUGCCGUCCUUCCAAGGCACCGAGUCCCCCAAGCCCUGCAAGUUGCCCAAGAUCGUGGAUCCACUGGCCCGCGGCCGGGCCUUCCGCCACCCGGAUGAGGUGGACCGGCCGCACGCCCCGCACCCACCGCUCACCCCGGGCAUGCUGUCCCUCACCUCCUUCACCAGCGUCCGCUCCGGCCUCUCCCACCUAUCCCGCCGCAAGAGGAUGUCCGUGGCCCACAUGAGCUUCCAGGCUGCCGCUGCGCUCCUCAAAGGGCGCUCGGUGCUGGAAGCUGCCGGCCAGCGGUGCCGGGUGGUCAAGCGCAGCUUUGCCUACCCCAGCUCCCUGGAGGAGGACGCCGUGGAUGGGGCAGACACCUUCGAUUCCUCUUUUUUUAAAAUGAGCUCCAUGCCUGAUGAUGUCUUCGAAUCUCCACCACUCUCUGCCAACUACUUCCGCGCCAUCCCACACUCAGCCUCACCAGUGUCCCCAGACAGGGUGCAGAUCCCACUGAGGGACUCGUGCCGAACGUCAGCUCCCGGGACCAAGCGUGGCCGGCGUAUUGCAUCCACGGUGAAACACUUUGCCUUUGACCGCAAGAAGCGGCACUAUGGGCUGGGCGUGGUGGGCAACUGGCUGAAUCGCAGCUACCGCCGCAGCAUCAGCAGCACAGUGCAACGGCAACUGGAGAGCUUCGACAGCCACCGGCCCUACUUCACCUACUGGCUGACCUUCGUCCACAUCAUCAUCACGCUGCUGGUGAUCUGCACGUACGGCAUUGCGCCCGUGGGCUUCGCCCAGCAUGUCACCACCCAGCUGGUGCUGCGGAACAAGGGUGUGUACGAGAGCGUCAAGUACAUCCAGCAGGAGAACUUCUGGAUCGGCCCCAGCUCGAUUGACCUCAUCCACCUGGGCGCCAAGUUCUCGCCCUGCAUCCGGAAGGACCAGCAGAUCGAGCAGCUGGUGCGGCGAGAGCGCGACCUGGAGCGGGACUCGGGCUGCUGUGUCCAGAAUGACCGCUCCGGCUGCAUCCAGACCGUGCGGAAGGACUGCUCGGAGACCUUAGCCACUUUUAUCAAGUGGCCAGAAGAUGCAGGGCCCGCCCUGGAUGAGUCUGACCCGGGCCAGAAGCGGACAUCGGGCGCUGUGUGCCACCAGGACCCCAGAACCUGUGAGGAACCAGCCUCCAGUGGUGCCCACAUCUGGCCUGAUGACAUCACCAAGUGGCCGAUCUGCACAGAGCAGGCCCAGAGCAACCACACCAGCUUCCCACACAUGGACUGUGAGAUCAAGGGCCGCCCCUGCUGCAUCGGCACCAAGGGCAGCUGUGAGAUCACCACCCGGGAAUACUGUGAGUUCAUGCACGGCUACUUCCACGAGGAGGCGACACUCUGCUCCCAGGUGCACUGCCUGGACAAGGUGUGCGGGCUGCUGCCCUUCCUGAACCCCGAAGUCCCUGAUCAGUUCUACCGGCUCUGGCUGUCACUGUUCCUGCAUGCUGGCGUGGUGCACUGCCUGGUGUCUGUGGUCUUCCAAAUGACCAUCCUGCGCGACCUGGAGAAGUUGGCUGGCUGGCACCGCAUCUGCAUCAUCUUCAUCCUCAGUGGCAUCACGGGCAACCUCGCCAGUGCCAUCUUCCUCCCGUACCGGGCAGAGGUGGGCCCUGCCGGCUCGCAGUUUGGCCUGCUGGCCUGCCUCUUCGUGGAGCUCUUCCAGAGCUGGCAGCUGCUGGAGCGGCCAUGGAAGGCCUUCCUCAACCUCUCGGCCAUCGUGCUGUUCCUGUUCGUGUGCGGCCUGCUGCCCUGGAUGGACAAUAUCGCGCACAUCUUCGGCUUCCUCAGCGGCCUGCUGCUGGCCUUCGCCUUCCUGCCCUACAUCACCUUCGGCACGAGCGACAAGUACCGCAAGCGGGCACUCAUCCUGGUGUCGCUGCUGGUCUUCGCCGGCCUCUUCUCCUCGCUGGUCCUGUGGCUCUACAUCUACCCCAUCCACUGGCCCUGGAUUGAGCACCUCACCUGCCUGCCCUUCACCAGCCGCUUCUGUGAGAAGUAUGAGCUGGACCAGGUGCUGCACUGACCGUCCCUCUGAGCCCCACGCUGCAGACAAGGACACCCAGGGGUCCCCCAGAGGGCGGUACCCAGGCGUCCAAGGCUCGAUGACCCAGCUGUGACCCCCGCAGACGGGGGAGUGGGCUGCUUUUCUUCCCAGGGCGCCCAGCAGCUGCCCCUGCCCGUGCCUCCUCGAGGUCAUCACUGGGAGAGGCCCUUGCUUGGGCUGCGGCUGCCCCUCAGCUGCCCCUAGGACCAGUUCCAUGGCAGCCCUCUUUUCUGGCCGCCUUCCUCCCGUGCUCUGUGAGCCCACCCUGCACCCCUGCACGGACUCAUGAGCUUACCCGUCGAGGCUCUCGGGCAGGGCAGGCCAUGGCUACAGACCAGGGUCAGAGGAGGGCAGGGCCCUGCUGGGCUAGGGCCCUGGGGCCUCGGCCAGUCCUGGGUGGACGGAGGCUGGGGGCUUCACCACCUUCCCCUCGCCUUGUUGAGCACAGGGUUUUCUGACUCAGGAAUCGGCUCCAGUGUGAACCUCCCCACUCCCACCACCCCCACGGCCUCACCCUGGCCCAGGCAGGAGCCACCCCAACACCUGCUUCCACUGGGGCGUGGCUGAGACCUGAGCAGGCCUACUGUUCCAGUUUCUGUCACAGUCCUAAUUUGUAAGAAUAACACUGACUUUGUAUGGA